AGAAUUUUUAUUAUAUUGUGUUUUUAAUUGAUUUCUGUGUGUGUGUGAUUUUAAUAGUUCGAAAUUAUUGUAAUUGAUUAAAGACUUCAGAACUUUAAUUACUCUGUACUUAUUUAACAUGGAACGCGAAAUCCAAAGCGUAAACGUAAUAACAAUUCCGAGUGAUAUGCUAAAGCUUAUUCCUCUUUUUGGUGGAGACAAAAGAAUUUUGAAUUUAUUCUUUCGAAAAUGUGAAUAUAUAAUUAAUAAAUUUAGAGGGCAUGAAGAACAGAAUAUUUACGUUUUACAUGCCAUAACUAGUAGAUUAAUAGGCGAUGCCGCCGCGUUAUUAUCCGAGCGCGAAGAUAUUAAUACUUGGCCCGCUUUAAAGGAAUUACUAGAACAGCAUUUUGGUGAUCCGCGUAGUGAGGAUUGCAUAAAAAUCUCUCUCGAGUCCUGUAAAAUUAAAUCCGGCGAAAGUUACCUUGAAUUUUGUAAUAGGAUACAGAAUAUUCGAUCAUUAUUAAUAUCGAAGGUAAAUUUAUCGGUAGAUACGGAAAUGAAACGCGCGAAAAUUGCGAUUUAUAAUCAUACAGCCCUGAACGUUUUCUUGUAUAAUUUACCCGAGAGCAUGGUGCGUAUUGUAAGACUGAAAUCACCUAGUACAUUAGAACAGGCUUUAGAAAUCGUUUUAGAAGAAGUUAAUUUUCACGAGCAAUACCAAUCACGCAAUCGUAUCCACAAUAAUACAACGCUGCCGAAGCAAACGCCUAACGUUACGGUGCCCCAAUUUUUACAAAAUAAUCCUCAACAAAGAUUUAAUUUCGGGAUACCAAAUGUACCUCAAAAUGCACAGCAGCCAAAAUUUGGUUUUAAAUUUACACCCCAACAACCGUUUAAUAAAAAUCCACAAUUUGGUUAUAAGCCACCGUUUAAUAAAAACCCGCAGUUCGGGUAUAGGCCUUCAUUCAAUCAAAAUCCACAGUUUGGUUAUAGGCCUACAUUUAAUCAAAACCCACAAUUUGGUUAUAGGCCUCCUCAAACUUUUGGUAUGAAGCCGCAGCAUUUCGGUCAAAGACCUCCACAAAAUAACCGCUUUGAGUCUACUGACGUUUCCAUGAGGACGGCACCCCCUCGACCACAAAUAACUCAGCAAGGUUUUAGACUGAAUGAAACCGACAUACAUAAUGACAAUUUACUAUAUGACAAUAAUUAUUACUAUGACUAUAACCCUUACGACUAUACGAAUUACGAAUACGAUGAGAAUGAUACACCCACUGACGAUACUGAAGACAUUAAUGUGCUUCCGUCUGAUGAAGAAAAUUUUCAAACGGAAGCCUCUACAAAGGAGAAAUCAUAG